AUGCCAUUUUCUAUAGACGUAACUUCUUUUCCCCUCAAAUUUCCUUUCUCAGUUGUUCUCUGUCUUUUUUUUUUGUUCUUUGUGCAUAGCUUAAUAAAUCUCAGAAACCUCAAUUCGGUCUCCACCGACAAUUGUCGUUUCUUCUCUUUAGCGUCCUCCGUCAAUCUUGAAGUCUUCUAAAUUUCCACUUUUUUUUCUAACCUUGAAGGUGUUUCUUCCCCUCUCCGAGUUUUCUGAACAGGAGAACCUUUAUUCCACCAGGAUGCCCAUUUUUGUCUGGUUAUCACUUCCCUUUUUCUUAGUAGAACUGUUGCUAAUGUCUCCGUUUUCUUUGAAUCUGUUUCAAUCUCCUCACUAUCUUCUUCUACCAACUUUUCUCUUGAUGCUUUCACUAAUGCUACUUUAAUUAGAUUAAAGGUAGAUUGUAUUUGGUAGUUUUACAUCACGUCAAUGCGCUCUAAGAUAUCAUCGGUGAAACAGGUUCAUCUCUAAGAACUGAUUAAUCUUUAGAAAUUAUUCUACUUCCCCUCAGUAAAAAACCUCGCCCUGUCAUGUUGGUAGAACUUCUCUUAACAACAGACCGAAAAAAAUAAAAUGCACCAACUCAAAAGGUUAGUUCCUAGUCUGUUGUCAAUUUAAGACUAAUUAAAAGGGAAAAAUGUGAAGUCUACUUUCCAAACCCAUCUCAGCUGGAACAAAUUUUAUCAUCAAAUAAAAGUAAAAUCAACCAUUCAUGCUUAUUUCUGUGUUUUGGUACCAUGUGGAUGAUUUAUUUAUCUUAGGUACUUGUAUACUACACAUUGUUAUUGCUCAUUCUUUGCUUUAUUUCUAGCAAAUUGUGUACUCUUCAUUCUGCGAGGAUUUGUAAUUACUAUUUUUUUUUUGCAUUUCUUUGAUCAUGAAUACCUGGGAAGGGAACGUCUUUUUGUGGUUCUACAGUCCUUGCUCCUUGUGAUUGAGCCAUACUUCAUUUCCAGCUCCCCAAAAUUCUCAUUUUAUGCCAAGGUCUUGGACCAUUUACCAUUUCGUGCAACUGGGCUUCAUGCAGGAGAGAGACAUAACCGCAUCUUACACGGAUUCUUCUGGCACUCUCAAGACAUACACCAUCCCGUCCAAGGACUUGUCCACCUCCUGGAUCUGGGAAAGUUCUCCCAAUCGAAACCGUGAAAUGCUAGAUGAUGACAUGGUACUGUAUCUGUUUCUCUGUCAUUUUAGAAACUUUGAUGGAGCAUGUUUCCAUAAGUGGGCAGUAAAAACACAUCUCACUUUCCUUGCAAUGGAAAUUGAAGCAGGAAUUUCGAAGUAACUUUUCUUGUGCACUUGGUGUCGAACUUCUACAUAUAGGAAGAAAGUAGAUGUAGGAAGUUCAGCUCAGUUUUUUUUAUUGAUUUUUUUUAUCUUACUUUGUGGUGGCUAAUCAUAUCGCUCUCUUUCUCCCUUUCUCUCUAUCUUGUCUGACGCAAGAGAUUGACUUUAAGAGUUAGGUACGUCUUUUAAGUAUUUCCCUAACGCAACUUCAUCUCUUAUGAACUGUCAGCAUAGAAAAGGUUCAUUUCAACAAGCUAUCCGCAUUUCAGAAGAUCGUGAUAGUUUCACCAUGCAGGACUUGAGUCCACUGAAGCAUAUUCGUCUGGUAGAUAUCAUUCCUGAGUCUCACUCUAAGCCAUUCACUCGAUUUGAUAAGUUUUAAACUUUCCCUGCAGAAAUUUCGGCAAAUGAGGAAAACUGAGAGGGCCGCUCAUCUAUCCGAACAGAGAAGAGACUCUGAACGUCAGAUGGAGACAGAAGCCCUUGCACGUUCAAAAGACCUUGAUAACAGAUUGGGGGGAAAGUACAGUGUCUGGAGGAGGGAAUAUGAAAACCAAAAACCUGAUUCCACUCUGAAACUGAUGAAGGAUCAAAUCAUAAUGGCAAAAGUAUAUGCCAGCAUUGCACAUUCGAAAGGUGAAUCUGGUCUGUAUAAAUCUCUGAUGAAGCAUAUCAAGGAAAGCAAAAGUGUUAUUGGAGAAGCCAAUUCUGAUGCUGAAUUGAGGCCUGGGUAG